ACCUCUGCAAUCGCCCCUUCAAUCUCUUGGCGCUCUCUCUCUCUCUUUCUCUCUCUCUCAUUUUAUGCUUUCGCGCCCCAUUCAGGAGAGGGUUGGGAGAUCAACAAUGGCGAUUCCCAGCGGCAGCGCCGCCGCCGUCAUUCCCACCAAAUCCUUGCCCUCCUCUCGGGGCCCCCAAUCCCUCUUCCCCUCCAGGACCAAACCCAGCAGGACCGCCCCUUCUCUCCGCCCCAUCUCCGCCGCCGUGACGGCCCUGCCGCCGCCGGGGAGGACAGAGAAGUGGGCUCCCGACAGCUGGAAGACGAAGGAGGCCUUGCAGCUUCCCCAGUACCCGAAUCAGGAGGAGCUGCAGACGGUGCUGGAGACCCUCGGGUCGUUCCCACCUCUCGUGUUUGCCGGCGAGGCUCGGAGCUUGGAGGAGCGGCUGGCGGAGGCCGCCAUGGGGAACGCAUUCCUCUUGCAGGGUGGGGACUGCGCGGAGAGCUUCAAGGAGUUCAAUGCCAACAACAUCAGGGACACUUUCAGAAUCCUUCUGCAGAUGAGCGUGGUCAUGAUGUUUGGUGGUCAGAUGCCUGUCAUAAAGGUGGGGAGGAUGGCAGGUCAGUUUGCGAAGCCAAGAUCGGAGCCCUUUGAGGAGAAGAACGGCGUGAAGCUCCCGAGCUACCGAGGUGACAAUGUGAAUGGCGACGCCUUUGAAGAGAAGUUGAGAAUUCCUGAUCCAGAGAGGAUGAUUAGGGCCUACUGUCAAUCUGCUGCUACUUUGAAUCUCCUCAGGGCUUUCGCAACUGGUGGGUAUGCUGCUAUGCAGAGGGUCUCCGAGUGGAAUUUGGACUUCGCAGAGCACAGCGAGCAGGGAGACAGGUACCAGGAGCUGGCUCAUCGGGUUGAUGAGGCCCUCGGGUUUAUGGCUGCUGCUGGGCUCCCACUGGACCAUCCAAUCAUGACAUCUACCGAGUUCUGGACUUCUCAUGAGUGUUUGCUCUUGCAUUACGAGCAGUCACUCACUAGAAUGGACUCAACCUCCGGCCUCUAUUAUGACUGCUCUGCCCAUAUGCUGUGGGUUGGAGAACGCACAAGGCAGCUUGAUGGGGCCCAUGUUGAGUUCGUAAGAGGAUUAGCCAAUCCCCUCGGAAUCAAGGUGAGUGAUAAGAUGGACCCAACCGAGCUGGUCAAGCUUAUCGAGAUAUUGAAUCCUCAGAACAAGCCUGGGAGAAUAACUAUAAUUACAAGAAUGGGAGCAGAGAACAUGAGAGUUAAACUCCCCCAUCUGAUUAGAGCAGUACGCAGAGCCGGGCAAAUCGUCACAUGGAUCAGUGAUCCUAUGCAUGGAAACACCAUAAAGGCUCCAUGCGGCCUCAAAACCCGUCCAUUUGAUGCCAUCAGGGCGGAGGUGAAGGCAUUCUUUGAUGUGCACGAGCAAGAGGGGAGCCACCCAGGAGGGGUCCACCUGGAGAUGACGGGGCAGAAUGUGACAGAGUGCAUCGGCGGGUCACGCACGGUGACGUUCGACGACCUGAGUUCACGCUACCACACCCACUGUGACCCAAGACUUAAUGCAUCCCAGUCCCUGGAGCUCGCCUUCAUCAUAGCUGAGCGCCUGAGGAAGCGAAGGAUCAGCUCUCAGCAGCCUCUCGCUCUCUAAAGUCCCUGCGGUAAAGGGGAGAUGUAUCUAAAAGAAGCUUCUCUAGUUAGUUUAUCUAAGCUAUAUCUUAAUGUAAUGCGAUCCGGAUCGUCUAUACUGCUAGUGUAUCGAAUGAUCUGAAAAUCUCCUAGGGAGUAGAGACACAUGCAAGUGUGUGACCUUAUUGAUCAGUUUAAUGAAUUUUGGGUGGCGUUCUGCUUUUUCAA